AUGAAGAAGCCUCCUAGUUACACUAAAGGAGGACCUCUUCAUGUAUGCAAACUGGUCAAGAGUCUUUAUGGCCAUAAACAAGCCUCUAGACAAUGGUAUUCCAAGUUUUCUUCUAGCCUCAUUGCUUUUGGUUUCCACCAAUCAAAAGCUGAUUAUAGCCGAUUCGCCAAAGCUGAUGUUAACUCUUUUACUGCAUUGUUAGUCUAUGUUGAUGACAUUAUUGUGGCUAGUAAUUGCUCGACAUCCAUUGCAUCUCUUAAAGCCUUUUUGCAUAAUCAAUUUAAGAUUAAAGAUCCUGGUUGUUUGCGUUAUUUUUUGGGCUUGGAAGUUGCAAGUUCCUCCAAAGGCAUACAUUUAUCUCAAAGAAAGUAUACUUUGGAUAUACUUUCAGAUUCUGGUAUGCCCCUACCUGAUCCUAGCUCUUAUAGAAGACUCAUUGGCUGCCUUUUGUACCUCGCCAUCACCCGGCCAGACAUCUCUUAUGCUGUCCAGCUUUUGAGCCAGUUCAUGGAUCACCCCACUGACUCCCACCUUUCGGCAGCCCACAAAGUUCUAAGGUAUCUAAAAAAUGAUCAUGGCCAAGGCAUUUUAUUAUCAUCAUCUUCUCAGUUGCAACUUGGAGCUUAUUGUGAUUCUGAUUCGGCUUCCUGUCUUGACACACGACGCUCCACCACAGGUUUUUGUGUAUUUCUUGGUCGUUCUCUUGUGUCAUGGAAGUCUAAGAAACAAUCUGUUGUCUCUCGAUCCUCAGCUGAGGUUGAGUAUCGUUCUAUGACAUCCACAUGUUCUGAGCUUACAUGGAUCAGAUUCUUGCUUCGUGAUUUGCAGAGAACGAAGCAUUCUGAGUUAGAUUGUCACCUUGUUCGGGACAAGAUUCAAGAAGGUAGCAUCAUUACUUCUCAUAUUGCAUCUCAAUCUCAGAUGGCUGACAUAUUUACAAAGGCCUUGCCUACCUAUCUCCUCCAUUUACACUUGUCCAAGAUGGGAAUAGUGAAUCUCUAUUCUCCAUCUUGUCGGGGGCUAUUACACAAUACACAUCCAGCCCACGGUCAACCCAUUCAAGCAGACCAGAAUACAACUCCAGUCCACAUUACAAGCUGCUCCGAUGCAUCACUCAAGGAUGAAAAAGUAUAG